CUUUCUGGUCAAUGAGCUGCUCUGCUGGACUCACCUAGUGCAAUUAUGACCGCACCGGUUUGUUAAGCGGUCUCUGGUCCAAUAGUGCCUGACCAAAGCUGCUGUGACAUCCUGAAGGACCCGAUUCGUAAGGUAGUGCAGGUGUCACAACGAAGUGUGCCCCGCUCCAAUCCGAUCAACUUCAAAGAUCUCCUUGGUGCCUAUCUAUCACACUACACCGCUGCACCGCUACAAUAUUUCUGCUCAGAACACCCGUCUUUCAGUCCCCCACGGUUUAUAUUCACCCCGGUUGGUGGCGGAAAUCGGCAUUGCACUCUGGCUACUCGGCGACCCCGAUUGUGCGCACCUGUUGCUGUCUGCGGCGGCAUCUCAACACAGGACCCGGCAGUGCACACCGCAGCAAGCAUCUCGUCUCAGCGACGCGGUCUCUCGCCACCAUGAGCGCCGCCCAGACCGCUGGGCAGCCGCAGGUUCAGCCCUGCCGGUACAAGGUCGGCAAGGUACUCGGAGCGGGGUCGUACUCGGUCGUCAAGGAAUGUAUCCAUAUCGACACCGGCCGCUACUAUGCCGCCAAGGUCAUCAACAAGCGGCUGAUGGCGGGGAGGGAGCACAUGGUGCGCAAUGAGAUUGCCGUGCUCAAGAAGGUGUCGAUGGGCCAUCAAAACAUCCUCACCCUCGUCGACUACUUCGAGACAAUGAACAACCUUUACCUGGUCACCGACCUCGCCCUCGGCGGCGAGCUGUUCGACCGCAUCUGCCGCAAGGGCUCGUACUACGAGUCGGACGCCGCCGACCUGAUCCGCGCCGUCCUCUCGGCCGUCGCCUACCUGCACGACCACGGCAUCGUCCACCGCGACCUCAAGCCGGAAAACCUCCUGUUCCGCACCCCGGAGGACAACGCCGACCUCCUCAUCGCCGACUUUGGCCUCAGCCGCAUCAUGGACGAGGAGCAGUUUCACGUGCUGACGACGACCUGCGGCACGCCGGGGUACAUGGCACCGGAGAUCUUCAAGAAGACCGGCCACGGCAAGCCCGUGGAUCUGUGGGCGCUCGGCGUCAUCACCUACUUUCUGCUCUGCGGCUACACGCCCUUUGAUCGCGACUCCGACUUUGAGGAGAUGCAGGCCAUCCUCAACGCCGACUACAGCUUCACGCCGCUCGAGUACUGGCGCGGCGUGUCCGACAGCGCGAAGGACUUUAUCCGCCGCUGUCUGACCAUUGACCCUGCCAAGCGCAUGACGGCGCACGAGGCGCUGCAGCACCCCUUUGUGGCCGGCUGGGCCCUGCGCGCCGCCGCUGCGGGAGGCGACGGGGCGCUGGCCGACAAGGGCCAAAACCUGCUGCCAACCGUCAAGAAGAACUUCAACGCGCGGCGGACGUUGCAUGCCGCCAUCGAUACCGUGAGGGCCAUCAAUAAGCUGCGCGAGGGUCAGGCGUACGGGAAUAAUGGGUUGAUGAAUGGCGUCAGAAGUCGCGAGCCGGGGAGGAAUGGCGGGGGAAAUGGGAAUCACGACAAGGCCACCGAUCACCAGCUGCACCAGCAUCGGCAACAACAACAAACCCAAAACCAGAAAGAGAAUGUUGCUCCCCGAAAAGACGACAGCGGUAUCGCCAUCCUCGCCCAGAACCAGAGCCAGGAUAGCGGGUACGGCAGCACCCAGACGCAGAACAACACCCAGGGUUCGUCAAGUUCGGCAGAAAGGGCUCAACCUGGCGGCGGUGGGGAUGGGGACGACGUCAAGAUGGAGGAUGCGCCGCCGUCGCCGCCGCCUCACCAUGGCGGCGGACCCGGGCAGAUGCCGCUGCUGCCGUCCGGGGUGCCGGCCAGUUUGAGGCCUGGGAGCGAGGCCAAUCGGGUGGUGGAGACGAGUAAGGGGCUGUGGAGCGGGGUUGCGAGUCGGCGGUGAUUUUGACCCCGUUGUUGAGAUCGUGGUGUGGUGCGGUGUGAAGGAAGGGUACGUAUUGGUCGUGUUGGUUAUUGCGUUCGAAGGUGGUUUUAACAUUAGUCAGCGGGCUGUGGUAUUGUGGAUAUACUUCACUCGUCGUUGAUACCGGGUUUGAGGAGGGUGGGGUGUGGAAGAAGAGGUGAAAGGUGUCUAAUCUGUUUGUCUGCCUCACUGGUCGUGGGGUUAUGGUUGCUUGGGUGGAUCUGGGAAGAAGGCAGCUCGGAGUUGGGGGUGAUGGACACGGAUUGGUCGUUUUGUUUGGGUCGACACCACUUUGUUUGCGCCAGGGGAAGGAGUCUAGAUCCGGAAUCUGGGCUUUGGGUUUCGACUGGUUUCAAUGUGCUUCUUCGUGCUCAUAAGAUUCGGCGAAAAUAGUCGAUGCUUUUAUGCGGUUCCCAGUUGUUUUUUUUUUUUUUU